CCCGUCCCGAAAAAGUGAUUCAAGUGUGACCCCCCCCCCCCCCACCCAAGAAAAACAGGCCAUCCAUCGUUCUAAUUUAUUACUCGCCCGUUUCACCCCAUUGCAAAUAGCGUCAUGAAUCUAGUUAUCCAUAUGACGUUGGCCGUCAUCUUCGCAAUUCAUUCCGCAGAUUCUUCCGUAUGGACGGUCCGUAGGGACGUUUCAAAUCCAUCCGCAUCAUCACACAGAGUGGCACGAAGAGCCUCGCUACCCUAUUGGUUGCGCGAGCUUCGCAAUGGCGGUCGUUUAAAUUCGGCGGGAAUUAUGCGAAAAAACCGCCACACCGAAGACAUCUUCGUCGACGGCGACGCUGCCGUCGACGUCGCUUUGGAGCCUUACAUUCAACAAGCGUCGAACACGGGAAACGUGAUGGAACCGAACACGGAAGACGAUAUGAUUUUCGGAGCCGCUAAUGGGGACAAAGUGGUUGUUAAGGAAGCCGAUGCAAUGGAAGGCGCUCCCGCAAUCGAUUUCGGUGUGCAAGAUCGAAUGAAGAAUAGGUUCCCACAUCACGGACGUCGUCCCGGUUGCAAUAAGACGGAGAGCGUCGGUGCUAGCGAGGCCGACAGAUCGGCAAUGGCUGACGUUUCAUCUUCGCUCGACUCCAUCAAUCAACCCGUUUGGACGCCGGUAGUGAACGAAUCUCAGUGCCAAUCUUACGGAUCGUCGCAGUUUUGCGAGGACGUGACCAAUUAUCCAGCGGAGGCCAUCAAAGAGAUCCUUAUGUCUGAUAACGGGAGUCUGUUGACUACGUUUUUCGCCGAUAACAUUCAACCGUUGGCGUCGAGUAGCCAGCCGGACGAAUCCAUGAUAUUGGCCCAGCGCAAACCCGACUUAAGUACGGCAGUGACAUCGCACGCCAUUAAUACCCGAAUCAAACCGUUAGCAACGUCCGCCACUGAUAUUCUACCUCUUUGCGAUUCAAAGACUGACUUCUUGUUCCCGAAAUCGGCCAGAAGUAAAGACAAUGAAAUGUUGAUGAUCGUCAACCAAGACAACAUCUCGCAGCCAAUCACCGUCGAGACUUGUCGAGGUGAAAAUAAGCCGUGCCAUCAUGCAGAAAAUUUCCCGGCCGGAUUCAAAGCUGUUUGUAUGCAGAAAUUUGUCACACAUCAUUUGGCAGCGAUCAAAAACGGCAAGAUCGUUCGUGAAGCCUUCACCUUUCCAUCCUGUUGCGUCUGCGUUCUCAGGCAACCGUUCUUGGAUUCACGCUCCAACAUUCCAUCGAGUAUUUCGAGAAGGGCCAUCAUGCCAUCGGCUCAGCAACGGAUGGCAGCUGAGAUAGACGGACAUCGAUGGCAAUAGGACUGUUUUGUUUUUACUCUUGGCUGGACGCGGGCUUCAACGAUGUCAGGUUGCAAAUAACGGUAACGUUUGCUGUUGUCCUUGACGUCGGACCCUUUAAGUGUCCGGCUAAAAGAAAAUAGGAAGAACCCAUACAACAUACUCUUUGACUCGCUACUUCUCAUCGAACUCUAGAAUUGUUUUCCCAAUAUUUGUUUGCAAUUGUUCCUUUCACUUUAUCAACGAAGGAUUUUCAAAGAAAAAAAAAAACAAACUCCCGGAAUUAGAAAAACAACUCAAAAAACAAAAACCGAUGCAACUGAAGUUGUCGCUCCAAGUCCGGUAGUUUUUUUUUUUUUUUUUUUUUUUUUUUUUGCCUCACUCAAAAAUAUUCAGCAAUUGUUAAAAAAAAAAAUAAUAAUGCUCGAUCAUUUUCCCCAAUUUUAAUUUAUUCGA